UUUGCGCCAAAUUUUUUUCAGAAGUCGUCCAGCUUCUUUGAUUUUAUUUGUUUUAAAAACUAUCUUUUUAAUUUAUAAUUUUCAGAUUCUGGUUAUGUAUAUUUUUUUCCCGUCAGCUGUUAAUAUAUUUUACAUUAUUUCAUAAUUUUAAAACUUUGAGUGCAUCCAGUGAGAUUUCAGUUCAUACCGAAACAUGUUUAAAAUGUGCUAAUGCUAAUAGAAUAAUCGCCUAAAGCGCGUGUUGUGAAGGAGAAAAAAUUGUUUUGCUGCGAUCGAUAUUAAUGUAAUCUGUUUCUUUUAUUUGAUUAUGAGCUUAAGAACUUUCGAUCAAGGUUGUUGUGAAAGGAAUUGCUUAGACUUUAAUUUUUGUGCUUCUCCUGCUGAAGAAGAUCGGAAAUUGGAAAUCAAUGGUAGUAUCUUCAAAAUGGCCAAUAGGAGCGUCACCAAAGAUUCAGGAUCUGCAGUCAGCUACUCUCUUAACACGUCCAGUUAUUUUGUAUCAUCAGAGACCGGCAAUAAUUGGUCAAUUAUUCAGUCGAAUGGAGGAGACAUUUGUGCUUCUUCCUACCCUUCGAGUCCAACAGAGUCAGCAGUUUGUGCAAGAUCAAUUAACUCCAAUGACUACAUCAUGAACGAUUUUGAUUUAUCUUUAUAUGAAGACGCGCAAAAUAUGAUGAACGUUGCGAAUUUUUGGCCGAGAAGUGAUUUUAAUACUAUCACACCAAAUAGCAGGAUCACGCCCCCUCCUCCGUACAGACCACGUGAAUGGAAUUCUGAAGAAAAUUUUAGAAAGGACAAUAAUUUCAGUAUUCUGGAGGAUCAGAUUCUCUUUCAAGAGAGGAAGACGCCGCCUCCUCCUUACAAAACCACCCAUUCAGUGCAAAAUUUUCAUAAAAUUAAGAACCACACGAAUAUGAACCUGAAAAUCGAUCUGCUGGCGACAGGAAGAGACAAUUACCUCAGCGGUAAUUUUGGAGCCGCCAAAGAUUUCGCGAAUCCUAUCUACUCCGAAGCGGGGUCAUUAGAGGGACUAUUACCCAAUGUUGCCGACCCGGGUUCUCCAAUCUCGCGGUCCGGCGACCUGACACCCCCUAUUCCAGUAACCGCAGAACGGCGGGAACUCACUGCGGUUUUCCCAACGGUUGCCUCCGAGCCCGCUCUGUGGGAAAUCUCCAUGCCGACUCCGCCGACCGACGACGAGGCCAUCGCCGCAGAGGGCCAUGGGCCUUUCCCGGCCACAGCCUGCAAAGACGACAACCUCUUUUCCCCGCUAAAGAGGCGGCUGGAAGAGGAAGAUGAAGAAGAAACGAAAUCUGAAGUUUUCGUGCCCGCAGAUCCCGAGCAAUGGAGCGAGGAGCACAUAUCCCAAUGGUUGAGGUGGAUCGAAAAGCAGUUCCCCAUAGUGCUAGUAGAGCGAAAAUUGGUACCACACGACGGUCCGACUUUAUGUAGGCUCACAAUUGAUGACUUUCGUAAAAUCACCGGAGAUCGAAAGUCGGCUGAAGUACUUAGCACUCACUUAGCACACCUCAGACAAGCAAGUGGACACAUAACUACGCCUACAAUCCGGUCAGUUCUAAGUUCGGAUGAGCGUAAAAAUGAACCAGAUUUCAAUCAGAACAUGUGUGAUUCGAUUAGAGAAGUAUUUGGUAAAUACUUUAUGAAAGAAAGUCAGAGUGCCUCUACUUCUAACAGUGGCGGACAAAUUCAAUUGUGGCAGUUUUUACUCGAACUGCUCUCUGAACCAGAAAACAGUUCUCAUAUCGCAUGGGAAGGCGAAGAGGGUGAAUUCCGGUUGCUAAAUCCAGAAGAGGUUGCGAGAAAAUGGGGAGACCGAAAGUCGAAACCUAACAUGAAUUAUGAUAAGCUAAGUCGAGCUUUGAGGUAUUACUACGACAAAGGGAUCAUGAGCAAAGUGAACGGAAAACGCUAUACCUACAAGUUUGACUUCGAUGGCUUGCUGAAGGCCUGCCAACCAACAGGUAUUAGUGACACAUGUUUCAUCCAGCCAGAUUUCGUGCCGGAAUCCAGCGAUUAUAGCAUGCUGAGAAACUUCAGUUUUCAAACGAUCCUGAAUAAGAGUGAUAAAAGGUUGUCCAACAGAUGACUGUUUACUUUACUUCUUGAAAUAAUUACCACAUCUCGUUGCGCUAGUUGUACCAGUGAAUAAAAAACAUCAAAGCCGGCAUAUCUUCAUUUUUCGUGGCUGGUCCACUGACAGGCUUUGUGACUGAAUUUCACAAUGAUUAUAUCUUAGUACUAGCGGAAGUACCCGAUGCCAGUUAAGUUAGACUGAAAGUAAUGCAUCUAAUAACAGAGAGAACGAUAACGCUGUAAUCCUUCUCUGAUAAUGAUGCAAAAGUCGUAGUCAUAUAUUUUCAGAUGCGAUAUGGAAUCCACAUAAAAAAUUUCGAUAGAAAAAUAAACUAAUUCUCUCUCAUCAUAUCAGCAACAAUGGCAAGCAGUUCUUAAUGAUUUCCGUCUUUCUAAUCAAAUGGUCAUAAAAGCGAAAGUUCCAUCAAAUAUUUCACCAAUAUUCAAUUUUAGUCGGUUAAGGGAUCUCAUACACCUUAAACCCUUUAUAAUCUUCGAAUAAGUGACUGUUGCAAGAAUUGGGAU